AUGACAAAUAGCUCGACUUUUGCUUCAAGUGACAACGAUCAGUAUUCUGCAGCAGUGGAUCAGAUGUAUAUCAAGCCUUUCUACGAAAUGCUUUGGUCUUCCAGCGACAACAUCGAGCUUGAGGAUCCUGCAAACGAUCCUUUUGUUGAUAUUGAUGCCUUUGGCUCGAUUAAAAUGGGAUGCCAAGGAUUGUCUGCGAAGGAAGGGAAAUACAAAGAGAAGGGAAUGUGGAUGUCUCUACACGAGGCUCAAAGCAGAGGCGGGGCUUCUGCCGAGCCCAUUGUGAGGAGGCACCUUAUUGACUUUUGGAAAGACUUUAGCAACGGGGAGGUGUUUUCACUUCCCACGCUUGGGCCCGGAAAAAGCGACAGCAUUCAGAGGAUUUCUGUCGAUGUUGCCAAGCAAGUUAUUGAGGGCGUGUACAACAUCGACUACUUAGUCAUUGAUUGUAGAUUCCCAUAUGAAUUCCAGGGAGGACACAUAGUGAAUGCAGUGAACAUAAGUUCUACCAAGGAGCUAGGCCUCCUUUUCAGAAGGCCAAAGGCUCUAAUCUUCCACUGCGAGUUUUCAUCGAUCAGAGCCCCAAGGCUUGCCCAGUACCUCCGGAACAUGGACAGGAUGAAGAACCCAUAUCCACUGCUGACUAUUCCCGAGGUGUAUGUGAUGGAGGGUGGAUACAGGAAGUUCUACAGCAAGUAUCCUGAUCUGUGCGAUCCAAAGGGAUAUGUGACAAUGGACAGCCUUGACUAUAGAGAUCUGUAUAAAAGAAACAAAUUUAGAUCAAAUAAACGAUACUAG